UCCCAGACACCACCACCAUGUCCCUUUUUCUAGCACUAGUACUCCUUCUACCCUCCUCCCUGUGCCACCGUACCAAGGCCCAGUGGCAUACAUGCGACUCGGGCUUCUCCAUCUCAGCUACCGCCAUGGCAAGGAACAUCACCCACUGCAGGAAGCUCCAAACUCUGGGCGCCGAGCUUGGGAUCAACAACUACAGCACCACACCGAACUCCUCGACGUCCAUCGACGUCGUUUUCAGCGCACUGCCCCCCACGCCUCAGGGGUGGAUCGCUUGGGGCGUCAACCCCGGCCGGCACCCUCAGAUGGUGGGCACGAGGGCGCUCAUCGCCUUCAACCAGCCGUCGGGCAUGCCGGUGGUGAACACCUACAACGUCACCGCCGACACGCGGCGCGGGUGCAAGCUGGAGCCUUCGACGAUCGAGGUGGGGGUGGCGAACAAGGCGGCGAAUUAUUCCGACGGGACCGGCCGUCUCACGAUGGCGGCGAGGCUGACGCUCCCGCCGGAGUACAACGUAUCGAAGCUGAACCACGUGUGGCAGGUGGGGCCGCGGGUGGUGGGCACGGUGCCGUUGGCGCACGCAAAGACCCUGCACAAUUUUGACAGCAAAGAGACGAUGGAUCUCGAGAGCGGUGUCGGGCAUAGCCAGCGGCACCACGAUAUCGGCCUUCGGGAGGCGCAUGGAAUACUAAGUGUAAUAGGAUGGGGUACUUUGCUACCGAUUGGAGUAAUAGUCAGCAGGUACUUCAGGGGUUCUCCCAUCGAUACAAAGAACAAGUGGUUCUAUGCGCAUGUAGGAAUACAGAUCUUAGCGUUCUCGUUAGGCGUUGCUGCAUGGGGGAUUGGGCUCUCGCUGAUGGAGCGCUCCGGGCAAUACAGAGCCUUCAUGGGCCAUCGAAUUGUUGGGAUCCUGAUCUUUUGCUUGGCUACAUUGCAAGUGAUGGCUUUAUGGCUGAAACCAAAAAUGUUGGACAAGUAUCGGAAAUAUUGGAACAUUUAUCAUCACUUCGUUGGCUAUUCAUUGAUAGUUCUUAUAAUAGUUAACAUUUUCAAGGGCUAUGCCAUCUUAAAACCAGCACCAAGAUGGAAGUGGGCAUAUAUUGGAAUUCUUAUUGGCCUUUCAUGUGUAGCACUUGGACUAGAAAUCUCAAUCUGGUUUGUGUUUUUGAAACCAGACGACAAGAAAGCUCAAACAAAUGCAAGUGAUCCAAGCAAGACAAGCAAUCCAAAUUAAGAAAAAUGCUCCAUUUGUGUUUUAUUGGUUGCUAUUUGCUAU